UUACCAGUUUUCUGUCUUUCUUUUGUCAGAGAGCCUUGGCAUGGUUCCAGAUUGUUUUGUCACAAACAGUAAACUGUCAAAUGUUCUUAGAUUUCAGCAGAAUCUCUAGACCUUCAACCAGGUUCUGUUCCCUGACCUCAAAUGUUCACCUUUUCUUCCAUUGCUGACCCGCUAAGCUCCAUAGUUCUUUGACUACUUUCCCCCAUGUUCUGAUCCGAGAAGUAGUGUUUUAUCUUUGUCACGGGAGUUUCUUAGCUCAGUUGACUUGGUUGGUCAUCUGUGCUGCAGUACCCACCUGAUGGUCUUCUGAAGUCUACUCAUCCGCCUCUGUGGGCAUUGCUCUUCAACUUCGAGAAUGAUCUAGAAACAGUGGAGUUUUGCAGGAAAGAGGUGAGGUUUGGGCAGCACGGUACAACCUGUUAGCUUAAUGCUAUUACAGUGCCAGCAACCUGGGUUUGAUUCCUGUCUCUAUUUUGUAUGUUCUCCCCAUGACAGUGUGGGUUUCCUCUGGGUGCUCCAAUUUCCUCCCUCACUUCAAAGAUGUAUGGGUUAGUAUUGAUUAAUCAGUCAUAUGGGUGGUGUGGGCUUGUUGUGUUGGAAAGGCCUGUUACUGUGCUAUCUCUCUAAAUAACAACAGUAAAGUGAGAAAUGGAAAUUAGUAGAAUCAGUCACAAAAAUGACCUGGUAUCAGUACUACAGUGAGUCAAAUAACACCCAAAGAGAAAAAUAAAAACUAGAAAACCAGCAAUUAAAAAGUGAGGUGGUUACAAGGCGAUAAUGGUAACACAUUUCAUAGCAAGUAUUCAUUCAUUAGUUAUGACUGCGCAGUAGAUUCUGUGAAUGAUCAUAAACAGAAUUACAUGUGUUUAGCAACGUGUUUUAAGAAUGCUUGAUUAAUGUUGUUUAAAUAGUUCUGUGGCAUGGUCUGAGUAAAAGAUGAGAAGUUCAUGGCAUAAAAUUUCCACGGGCCUUCAGCUCUCCUGCCAUAACUGACGGAAGCUCAGUAGAAGCAGUGUAAACAGCUGCUUCUGCUGAAGGCAUGAGGGAGAUUGAGGGGCCCCUGAAGGAAUUUAGUUCUGUGUCUUAAAUCACAGAUGUACAGACUUUAGGUUUCAAUGUAAAAAAAAAACACAGGAAUUUAACAAGUACCCUGUUUCGGUUGUUUCCUGUAUUGUCCCUGGAAACUUGUGCCAAAAUGGUGCUAUGCAGGGGACUGCACCAGAUUAUCUUGGUGCUAUUAGUGCAUAGUUUUCAUGCACAGAUCUCAUGCAUGAGCACAUGUGCUUAGGAUGAGCGAAUUGCGUUGCUUAUCCCUUUAGCGAGUGUUAAGCGUGAGUAAUUUCGUGAGUGCUGCACACUUGCUGAAACUGACGUCAUGCCUGCACCUCUUAAAGGGGAGGUGACCACUGAAACCAACCACUGCUGGAAGGCAUUGUGGAGCUUGGGAGCCACUGAACAGAAGAAUGGCAGCACUGGCACGGGAGCGGGCACCCCGUUUCAUGGAUGCGGACCUCGACAUCUUAGUGGAAGAGGUGGAAAACCGCCGGAAGAUCUUGUACGCUAGGGGACCCAGGAAGCCCUUCAGGACAGAGAUGAAGUACCAGUGGGAGGAAGUGGCCAGGAAAAUCAAUGUUCAGAGUGAUGCCCCAAGGACCUGGUCCCAAUGCCGCAAAAAGUUUAAUGACCUCACACGUGUGGUCAAGGAGAAGAUUACUCGCAACCGCCAGCAACAGAAACAGUCUAGAGGGGCCCCUGCCCGUGGCCAGAGGCUCAGCCGCUUGGAAGAGAGAGUGCUGGCAAUUAUGCGCUCGGAUGCCACACAUCCAGUGGCUGCCAGUGGAUUGGAGAUCAUUGAUAAUGAUGACGCACAGGACGUACCGCCUGGCUUUUCCCAAGCUGGUGAGCUGCAGGGGUCAGAGGAAGAAGACUCGCAGUCACUGCAUCUGUCACUCCCAUCCACCAGCUCAGAUCCUGGCAUCUCGCGGACUCUGGAGGACAGUUUAGAGGCGAGGUCUACACGUGGCGAGUCACCAGUUAUGGAGAGCAAAAAACUGAUAAGUGCAACUGACAUUCAUCACUCGGGAGCAUUGUUGAAGUCUCUUAAUGAGCAGCGGGUCCAAGGACUGUUCUGUGAUAUUACGAUAAUUGUGGAAGAUCGCAAAUUCCGAGCACAUAAGAAUGUCUUGUCAUCUGCCAGUAGCUACUUCCAUCAGCUUUUCAUUCUCGACGGCACUAGCAAUGUAAGUGGACAAAUCCUGGAACUGAACUUCGUCAGAGCUGAGGUAUUUGCAGAAGUUCUGAAUUUUAUCUACACCUCCAAAUUGAUCCGUGUGAAUGCCGAACUUGCAAGUGAGUUGAUUCAGUCUGGGCAGGCCCUGGGACUAAAAUUCCUUGCUGACUUAGGGGAAUCACUUUCAAAGUUAAAAGGACUAACACCAGCUGUCAACAAUACCGCUUCUGUGACAGAUUCCAGGGCUGAGACUUCUCAGAAGAUUGCUGCUGAUGCAACAGUGGAUCCUGAAUGCUUGAUUAUACACGUUGAAGAAGGAGGUCUAGGACCUCGAAUAACAGAUGCUUUUUCCCUACACAGUGCAGAGUUUAGGGAUUCAAAUGGUAACAGUAAUGUCUCUCCCGGUGGUGAAGACUCAGAGGAUAAUGACGAUGUCAUUUUCUGCAGUGAAAUUUCACCACCUAAGCAAAGCUGCAGUGUAGUUAGCAAGGGUUCAGUGCAAACAAACAUUAUUGUUCCUAAUAUACCAGUGAGUUCUGACGAUGUAAGAACUCAAACAAAACAUGCCACUCUGUUACCAGAGACAUCCUUGAAAACUGGAGACUUUAAAGUAAGAAUCUCUGAUGGAAGUACAGGGACUGAGCAAAAUACCAUGAGUACCCAACAGAGUACACAGACAGCUAAUGUGAACUAUCCUCAAGACAGCAACCACCUUGUAACCGAAGAUAAAAUGGCUGGCAUUGACACAUUGUCUAAAGGUUGCAGAGUUUAUGCAAAUAUCGACACAAACCCUAACACAUAUCAUGUCGUGGUUCCGAACAAGGAGGACCUAACCAACCGUGAACCCAAGCAGAACAGGGAGCCUGGAUCCCCUGACAAGAACUUGCUUCUGAUCGGAGACAAGGUAUCAGAUGACAGAGGCCACUCAAGCAUUCAGAUCAUGCCUGAAAAUUCCAGUAAUCAUAUAAAUAAUUCAAGACCCAUGUUCAUCAAUGAGCAGAACUUUCCAGAUGCAAAACGAAUGAAAAGGGAACAAGAUCAUUAUGAAUUAGUUGUAGAUGGCAGAUUAUUUUACGUUUGUAUUGUUUGUAAGCGAUCAUAUGCAUGCCUGACUAGCCUGAGGAGGCACUUCAACGUUCAUUCCUGGGAGAAGAAAUAUCCUUGUCAUUACUGUGAGAAAGUGUUUCCUCUUGCAGAGUAUCGUACUAAGCAUGAAAUCCUUCACACUGGUGAACGGCGAUACCAGUGCCUGACCUGUGGUGAGACCUUCAUCAGUUACCAGGUGAUGGCUUCACACAUUAGGUCUGUCCACAGCAAAAAAACUGGAAAGAGUGCAGCUGAAGACGAGACUGAUUCAAAACUUUACCGCUUACUGCCAUGCAAAACCUUACAGAUCAGGCAGUAUGGGUUCCUGACUGCAAGUGCAUCGGGCGCAAUGGCCGAGAUUAAUGAUGAUGGAAUUGUGUAUCAUGUAGGAGAUGAGGAUGAAGGAGCUUCACAGCAAACCCCGGAAACUAUUGGGAGUGGCAAACCCACUAGCUGGGAUGAUAUUUUUCCUCAGGAAGGAACCCCAGUUUACAGGUACAAUUCCUUAGAUGGCAAUUCCGAAUUAGAGUUUGUUAUACCAGAGUCCUUCAGAGAAAUGGCUUGAAGUCAUUGAGACUGUGAUGGAACUAAACAUAGUAAGAAAAUGGAUUGCAAUGCCAGCUUAACUGCUGACAGCCAACCUUUGGUGAUAGCAUUGUACUAACUGACCAGUUAAGCAUUUUGUGUUUCAGGCAAAUGAUUCAGUGGCUGGACCAUUGUGUGGGUAACCUACAGUCGUUUUUUAUCGAAGAAAAA